AUGGCGAAGCACACUACCCUCCUCCUCGUAGCAAUAGUAGCCAACCUUCUCACUGCCACCGCCGCUACCCUGGUCAAGGCCCCCGCCCCCACAGCCAACAAGCCGACGGCGUACGAAAUGCUAGGGCGAUAUGGCUUCCCACCGGGCAUCCUCCCGGUGGGAGUGCAUGACUACGAGCUCCGACCGAACGGCUCCUUUGAGGUACACUUCUCCGAUGAAUGCAAAUUUCGUGUUGACGGCCAGUACGACGUCCACUACAGCACCCGGGUCACCGGGAACAUAAAAAAUGACACGAUCAGCGGCCUCGAAGGCAUUAAGGUGAAGGUCUUUAUUGCGUGGGCCAGUAUAAAGGAGGUUGGCCGCGAUGGGGAUGAGCUUAGGCUGCACGCUGGGAUCAUAUCCAAGUCAUUCCCGGUCGGCGAUUUCUCCUCUAGCCCUAAGUGUAACUGA